AUGUCAAUUGUUUGUCUGGAUAAUGCGUUAGUUGAACUUCGACAACUUGGCACUGUUGACGUCAAUCAAAAUAUGGCAAUUAUAUCACUGGUGGGUAAACAAAUGAAGAAUCUGGUGGGUGUGGCCGGCAAGAUGUUUACGAGUUUGGCAGAAGCUGGUAUUAGCAUUGAAAUUAUCUCUCAAGGUGCUUCUGAAAUCAAUAUCUCUUGUGUGGUGGAAGAGAAAUUUGCAUUGAGCGCAUUAAGAGCCAUUCAUGAACGUUUGUUGGAUUUAGAUCCCAGUGUUGAACUCUCUCAAUUAGAUAUCAAAUAA